AUGAAGAAGGUGGGCUUCGGCUGCCACAGAAUCAUCCGGCUCCUGGACUGGUUCGAGCUGCCCGACAGCUUCGUUCUGGUUCUGGAGCGUCCGGAGAAGUCUCGGGAUCUCUUGCGCGUCCUGGUGGAGCAAGAGUUCCUGAGCGAGGAGGCGGCUCGCUGGCUUUUCUGGCAGGUGCUGGAGGCCGUAUGGCACUGCACCGCCUGCGGCGUCCUGCACCGGGACAUCAAGCCAGAGAACCUCCUCGUCAACCCGGAGACUGGCGAGCUGAAGCUCAUCGAUUUCGGUUGCGGCACCUUCCUCCAGGAGCGGGCCUACACAGAGUUUGCCGGAACACGCUCGUACUGCCCGCCCGAGUGGAUCGGCCUUCGCUGCUACCACGGCGACGGGGCGACCAUCUGGUCCCUGGGCGUGCUGCUCUUCGAAAUGGUGUGCGGGUUCCUGCCAUUCGAAAACGAGCGAGACAUCGUGUUGGGGCAGCUCUCCUUCCCGCAGGAGAUCUCUCCAGAAUGCCAACAUCUGAUCCAGUGGUGUUUGUCCAAGCACCCCAUGGAUCGGCCAGUGCUGGAGCAGAUCUUCUAUCACCCUUGGGUGUUGGGCGGGCAUUUCUGAUGCCUUGCCACAGCCUAUGCAGCACCCAGUUCCCAUGUCCCACCCAGGACUGUGGGCUGAGAAAUAAAACAACCCGAAAGCCACUGCGGGCUGUCAAGUCUGGUCCUUGUUAGCAACUUCAGUGAAGGGAACCUCUUGGGAAAAGGGAUAAUCAAAGCGUUCCCUUCAGCCUCUCUGCAUUCUGGGACUGUGUGGUCUGCUCAAACACACAACGGGCCCCAACAGCUGCUAAUGCCAAAACUACCUGAGAAGUGAUGGAUAAAUUCCUGGCAACCCCCCACCACAGAAGGAAGGAAAAUGGGUCCAUACAAGGGAUUGACAGAGGUUGAGGUUGGAAAGGAGGACAUCAAGGGUUCCUUACUUCACAAGCACUCUUCUUGGAUUAAGGCUGUUUUCCACUCCAGAUGGAUUCAUACCUCAGCAUUUUUUCAGGGAAUAAAUAAAAUACUGAGAGCAGAUAAUUGCUGGUUCAUUGGGAAUGUGGUGUCCUGGUGAGGUAACAUCACUGCCAUCAAAGCACAUCCAGCCCAACAUGGUCAGUGACAAGUCCCAGGUCAAUAAAUGCCCCUGGAGCUCAUUGAGGAUCUUGCUGGGGACUUGGUUUGGGAAUGGAUUCAGACAGGGAACUGAACCCCCUGGGGGUUUGCAGGGCAAAUCAGCAUCCCUGGGAUACAGAGCCAGCUCCUUUCCCACUUUACCUGACCCCUCUGCUACAAAUCCAGCUGCACAUCCUCCUCCUCACAGCCAGAACAUGCUUUUGUUCCCAGAGGGAGUUUUUCCGGAAGUCUGAUAGUCCCAGGAACUGUAGAGGGACUUGAAGCAAUUCUCUAUCUGAUGGAAUAUCCAGGUGCCAGGACAUCCUCAGCCCCAUGGAUCCUCAGGGCUCCUGCGUGCCCCAGAGCAGGAGGGCAUUAUCCUGGUAGGAAAAGCAGUGGCUUUGUUCCCUUCAGACCUCAGCUCUGCUGUUGGGGUGCUCAUUGCACCAAGUGCUUGACAUUAAGGCUCUUUCUCUAUUUCCAACAUCUUGGAAAUGUUUUACCAACAGCUGGUUACAGUUUUAAGACCGGGUAUUACGAAGUACCUCACUCCCAGCCUGGGCCUCUGAGUAUUCCAGUUCCAUGCAAGUAUUGGGAGAAAAUAAGCAUUAAAAUUAUCCACGUGGAAGUUCUCCCCCUCUUUUCCAAGCCAGUCCCAGUUCCCGCUCCUGCCAUGGACGCUCUGGAUCUGCCUCUGAGAGCGAUGGGAACCUGGGAGAGCAGGACAGAUGGAGAGGCCACUGGGGAUGGAGUCAGGGUAUGUCAAGCUGCUCAUGAGGGUCUGAAUCUCCAGAGGACCCACAAACACAUGGGCAUGAUUUGGAGAUGGGAAUAUUGGAUCCAGCCACUGUGGAUGUGGCACUUGAGGAAAUGGUGAGUGCUAGCCAUGGCAGUGCUGGAGGAACUGCUGGACUUGAUGCUCAGAGGACUUUUCCAGCCCAAAGAAUUCCAUGAUUAUGUGAGCUGCCACAGCUCCCUGCCCAAGGGCACUGCUCCUGCACUGCUCUCUGGAGCAUCAGGAUAUAAUUAUUGUAAAAGAUUUAAUUAUGGUGACUGCAGCUGGGUAGGGUCCAGCUUUCUGCCAAUCUGUGUGUGGUCACUCUGGGCACAGAACACUCAGGAAAAGCAUCUCCUAUUUACUGAGGAUAUAACAACUGAUUCACCUGUGGAAACACGAUAAUUCUUGGUGUCCAGGAAAGUUGCACUGAGUUGGAAAAACAGACCAACCUCCUGUGGAGCUGAGCCCUGGGCCAGGCUGCUGGUGCCCUCUGCUGCCAAAUGACACUUUUCACAUCUUACUCUUCUCAAUUCGAUGAAGAAACAAUUCCAAACUGUGUUUUAUGUUUUCAAUACACUUUUUUAUUGCAGUCACCUCUAAAUGAUUCACAAGGUUAAUGACUUUUAAACCUCUAUGCUAGUAAAGUAGAAAUUAAUAUUGAUAUUUAAUGAUAGGAUUAACCAGGAGAUUAAAAAACUGCCAUGGAAAGAUGCACAGACUCUCAAAGAUUUCGAAUUAAGUACAGAGAGAAUAAGUUUAAUGAAGACACGAGAUUAUCAGUAUUCAUAACAUUUUCACAAGAAAAUCUGAUUAAACAUUAAUAGAAGGAACUUUGUUAUUUAGUAGAAAACAGACACUGUACAACAACAACAAAAAACAAACAAAAAAUAUAUAUAUAUAAAGCAACUUAAGGUGAAGCAGGACAAAGUGAUGGAAUUACUCAUUUCCUCCAGUGGCUUCUGCUCUGUGGAGCAGCAGAUAUGUGCUGAAACACAAUCACAGGUGUAGUGGUGAGGAACCCUGAGAUUCCAGAAACUGGGCUAAAACUUGGUUUGAUGCCAACAUAUCUCAUCAGAACCUUGUCAACAGCGUCAGUGUCAUCCUUCUCCCUGCACUUCCUCCUUGCUGGCUUU